CAGUUUCCCUUAUUUGUUUUUCUCCCAUAAACUUAACCGGGAAUGCCACUCUUCUCCAUUUGAGACCCUCUAUAUAUCAUUUUGAGGAGAAAAAUGAUUGGAUAUCUACUAUUGUCUAUCUGUUUGUUUCAAACAAUUGAAGCUCGACACGGCGUUGGGAAGCCGCCUCCUCAAAGGAAAUGGAUGACUCUACAUGGUGGUCAGCCUGAGGUCAUAGCAUCUGGUGGAUACUCGGGAUUUUAUCCUGACUCCUGCCUUGCUGCCUAUGACUUAGCUACUGAAAGUAGCAUCCCUGGAACAAUUCUCUAUUGCAAUCUGCAGUUCUCAAAGGACAGUGACGGUUUCUGUAUCUCAAGCAUAAAUCUUCAGAAUACAACAAAUAUUGAUGGUCUAGAUCCUAAAGGAACAAAGACUUACAACAUAAACGGACAAGACGUCACUGGAUGGUUCGGAUUGGAUUACACCAUCGAUUUCAUUUUGCGUAACGUGACAUUGAAGCAAAACAUUUUCACUAGGCAAGGAUUUUUCGAUGGUGCUCCUAUCGUGAAACCUUUACAAAUUACAGAAGACAAGUUCAAGAAGCCUACAAGACUUUGGUUGAAUAUUGAGUAUGACAUGUUCUAUAAGAAACACAAAAUCAAUCCCGAAGCUUAUCUCCUAGAGAAAUUCCACCCUCUGCCAGAGUUCAUUUCAUCCCCGGAGAUUGGUUUCUUGAGGUCUAUUAAACCAAAGAUCGGAAACGCCAAAACGAACCUCAUCUUCACGAUUCUUGCGGAGCCAGCAGUAGAACCAACCACGAAACAAACAUAUGGUUCACUUGUUAAGGAUCUCGCCAUGAUCAAGUCAUUCGCGUCUGGAAUUCUCAUACCAAAAGAAUACAUUUGGCCUGUCAAUAAUGCUCGUGUUUUGCAGCCCUCGACAAGCCUGGUGCAAGAUGCCCACAGAGAAGGGCUUUCCGUGUAUGCUUCUGGCUUUGCAAAUGAUAACUUUUUAAGCUACAAUUAUAGCUUUGAUCCAGCACGAGAGUACCUACAGUUUUUCGAUAAUUCUCAGUUUGCUGUUGAUGGGGUGUUGUCGGAUUUCCCUUCAACUGCUUCAGAAGCAAUUGGAUGCCUAAACCCGAACAAGAAUGCCUCCAGGACAAUGCCAACUUUAAUCAUAUCACAUAAUGGAGCUAGCGGUGAUUACCCCGGGUCAAGUGAUCUCGCCUAUCAGAAAGCAAUAGAUGAUGGUGCUGAUAUAAUCGAUUGCUCCGUUCAACUGUCUAAAGAUGGCAUGGCCUUCUGCUCAGAUAGAGCAGACAUUUUGAAAACUACUACUGCAGCCACUAUGUUCAUGGAUCGCAUUACCAAGGUUCCAGAAAUUCAAGAACGCGAUGGAAUUUUUUCUUUCGACCUCACGUGGAGCGAAAUCCAAUCUUUGAAGCCACAAAUUGAGAGUACCUUCGAAAACGAGCUAGCUAGAAACCCUGCACACAAGAAUAGUGGGAAAUUUGUGACCCUUUCUGAGUUCUUGGAGCUUGCUAAACAAAAGGCCGUAGCUGGAAUAUACAUAAAAAUAAAGAAUGCAGCUUACCUCGCGUCACAAAAGAACCUUGACAUUGUGGGUACAGUCUCAUCGGCACUUAGCAAUGCCACGCUCGAUAAGGAACCUAAGCAGAAGGUUCAUAUCCAAUCAGAUGACAGCUCAGUUCUCUUGAAGUUCAAAGACAACCCAAGUUACCAGAGGGUGUUUUACAUCUAUCAGCCGAUAAGUGGUGCACCUGCUCAAGUAGCACAGGAGGUCAAGAAAUACGCUGAUGCAGUUUUCGUGCACAGAGACGCUGUUGUGAUGUCUAUUGACAAUUUUUGCCAGAAUUUCACCAAUACCAUCCCAGCAUUUCAUGCUGUUAACAUCUCGGUAUACGUUGGAAUUCUAAAGGAUGAAUUCGAGAACUUGAUCUUCGACUAUUUAUCUGAUCCUUACGUCGAGCUAGCAACCUUCAAUGCCCUAAAAGUUGAUGGCUUCGUGACAGACUACCCGGCCACUGCAAAUAUGUUUGUCCGGUCCUCCUGUGCUACCCAGGGAUCCCCAUACGUUAUAAAACCAGUGGAACCAGGUUAUCUGUACGUAGCACCACCUCCGAUAACUGAACCGCCUCUCCUCAGUACCGCAGAUGUGGUUGAUCCACCAUUGCCUGCUAUAGCCAAGAAUAUGCCUACUCAGUCAGCUGCAGGCUCUGCUCCCACGAGCGGACCUCCAUCUGCGCCUCCACCUCCGGCUGCAAAAUCGUCUUCAACUAGUUCGGUAACUGUUGGUGCUGAAGGUUUCAUCUUAGCAGCAAUUGUGGCGCUUUUGACCGUCUUUACAUAGAGUAAGCGAGGCAGCUAAUUGGGGCAUGGAGCUGUAACUACAACGCUAGUGUGUAUGCGAUGUUUCCGAAAAGCACUUGAGACAUUAUUGAGAAAUAUACAUACCGUACAUAAUACUGAAUUACCAGAUUGCAUGUACAUAUAAACAGGGAUUACUAGAAGAAAUAUGUCAUUCGGUUACGGUUA